GGACACAGCAUCCGGCCUGUGAGCAGCACAUGCAGUCAGCUGCUCAUGCUCAAUGAUCUCCAUGGCUGCUGCUGCUGCUGCUGAUGCUGAUGAUGAUGCUGAUGCUGAUGCUGAUGCUGAGCAGGACCCGCUCCAAACGCAGUCUGAGACGGACGCGGCGGCACCGUCUGCACACGGAGCGAUAAGAUCCACUGAAAUCAAACAGAGCGGCUUCAGUAGUCAGAAGUGCGUAGAGUCGUCUGCUCUUACGUGAUCUUUUUUUUUCUUUUGCGUAAUUUUGCACCGGGUAUUGGAUGCUGCGUCCGCGUGGACCGGGAUUAUUUUGGUGAGGAUCUCUCUCUCUCUCUCUCUCUCUCUCUCUCUCUCUCUCUCUCUCUCCCUCUCCCUCUCCCUCUCUCUCCCUCUCUCUCUCUGUAGCGCGCUCUCCUCCACCCUGCAUCCAGACACGGACUGAGCCAGACGGGAACCAUCUGUGUGCAGCGACACUGUAAACAGACGAGGAGCUGUUUUCAUGAAAGACAACAUCUCUGCUGCUGCUGCUGCUGCUGCUGCUCGCUGGAGGAAGCCUUCAAUCAGCGAUGCCUGGGAACCCACCAGCUGCUCCUCCAUGCUGUUUUCUGAGAAUGGAAUUGUAGUAGACCUCUCCAGGAUUUAGAUCAACUGCUAGCAUGUUGCAGCCUUCCACCAGAGCAGGUGGCAGCCUGUUGGAAACGUUACCUCACUGGAGUAAGCGACCGAAAUGGGCCCCCUUCCUCACCCUCUGUGUGGCUCUUCUCUGGCCUCCAGGGGCAGAGGCGUCGACCCUAAACUGCCAUAAGACAUGCAUCUGUGCCUCCAACAUAGUCAGCUGCUCCAAGAUGAAUUUGACCACUGUCCCCAUUGUCAUACCGCACUACACUGGCGUACUGGAUCUCAGCUACAAUGAGAUCGCACGGCUGCGAUCCGAGUGGACCCCAGUCAAGCUCCCAAAGCUCCACAACCUCCUCCUCAGCCACAACGGCCUCCAAUUCUUGUCUUCAGAGGCGUUCGUGAAUGUGAAGAACCUGCGCUACUUGGACCUGUCCUCCAACAACUUGCGGCAGCUGGAGGAGUUCAUCUUUGAGCCCUUGGUCAACCUGGAGGUCCUGCUACUGUACCAUAACCAAAUUUCCCAGAUUGACCGCACAGCCUUUACUGGCAUGAUCAACCUUCAGAAGCUCUACCUUAGCCAGAACCAAAUCUCCCGCUUCCCCCUGGAGCUAGUGAAGGAGAAGUCCCGCCUGGAGAAGCUGAGCCUCCUGGACGUGUCCUCCAACAAGAUCAAGAUGUUGCCCAUUGAUGAGGUCCAGGUGCUGCCUGCUUGGAUUAGAAAUGGCCUCUAUUUCCACAAUAACCCUCUGCUGUGUCACUGUGAUCUGUACACACUCCUAGCACAUUGGUACCUUCGAAAACUCAACUCCGCUGUGGACUUCAGAGAUGACUACACGUGUAUUCUGCCUGGUCUGCAAAAAACACAAGUAGGUGUUUUUGACCUCAGCGGCAACGAUAUGAACUGCAGCACAUUCAAGGAGGCGGAUGAAGAAGCUUUCCUGGAGCAAACGCUCACCCUGGGAUGUGACACCAAACACAGGGACAUGUUAAAGACCUGGAAAAUGCCCGGCAAUGUGCCGGUGUCACCUGGAAGCAACCAGACAGCCAAAGUCUUGCAGGAUGGACGUCUGCAGAUUAGUCCGGUGAGGUCUGAGGACGCUGGGACCUACACAUGCUUUGCGACGAGCGAGGCCUUCAAUGAGACGAUCUAUGUGGUGCUGAAGGUUCACAACUUCACCAUGCAUGGGGGCGGGGAGUCCCUGAACACAGCAUAUACCACCUUGGUGGGCUGCCUGGCCAGCGUAGUGCUGGUGCUCAUGUACCUUUACCUGACGCCGUGUCGCUGCUUCUGCUGCCCCAACAAGGGUAAGACUCGGGGUGAGGACAGCAUCCACUCCUCCAUGCUCAGUGUGUCACCGAGCCACGAGGACCCGGAACUCAAAGCUGAGCUGAACAGGCACGUGGCUUUCAUAGACUCAAAGGACUUGCAGGGCCAGAACGGAAAGUUGAACCCAAAUGGGAAUGAGGACGACGACGAUCUGGAUGCAGAGGUUGGUUCUCUAAUGAAGGGGAAGCGGAAGAAGUCGGUAGCAGAGUCCAUUAGCUCCGUCUUUUCAAACACUCCCAUGGUGGUCUGAGACGAAGUGGCGGAUUCCACAUGACUGGAUGUAUAUGGUACAACAUGAGCCAUGUUUUAGCUAUUGUAAACUGUGACUGACCUUGUGGGAGAAAACGGACCAUGGGUGUUAUUCUGUAGUUGCUGACAAGUGGAAAUGAGGAUCUCAAAGGGAGUAAAAAACAAACUGUCCUGUUGUUGACAGUGAGGACAAUAAGCAGGACUUUUUCCAGCAUUUCAAUCUGUAGCACUUAAUAUUCAUACUGUGAAGGUCACGUCAACUACUGAUCAGCACUCAGGAAGUGAUACAUUAAAUUGCUAAAGUGAAGGAAAUGCGUCGGAUACAUGCACAGAUUGAAAUUAGCUCACAUAUCGUAUAUAUACUGAAACCGUGGCUGGCUCAUAAUCAUAUUUAUUACUAGAAUAGAUCAUCUUACGUAAACAUUAGGUCAUAGGCUCAUUUACCCCUUCUGAAUCGAUGCAGGGACACAGACUUAGAUAGACGGCUGUCACCAGGCUAUGAAAGCGUGUUUAAUUAACCCUGACACACCUAUAGAGAAACAGCAUGCCAUAAACCUACAUUAUAUGAGAGCCAUCAAACGUUUAUCUUUUACUAAGAAAGCAGUGGCACAAACGUAUUAUUAGGCCGUCGUAGGUCGUUGUCAUCUUAGUUGUAUAAUUCAUCAGACUGAUCUGUACUCAUAGUCAUAUAGUGAUAGAGGAGAGAGCUCUUUUUUCCUUUGCUAUAUUAAAGAGAUUAAUUAAUAAAUAUGGUGUGCCAUACAAUUGUUAAAUUAAUCGUGUAUCAAAAUAAAAGCCUCUUAGCUACCUGCAUUACUACAGUAUAACCCAAAAUAAACUACUGAAGCCUUACACAGUUCAAAUGGAUGGAGCGCCUGCAGCAGAUACACGUUUGGGUGCAGGGACGUAGUUAAUCUAGACUGAUUAUCAACAUAUUGUCUCAAUUCUGUACACAGACAUGUACCAUGGUCCUUACAAGGACACAUAGACGUUUUGUUUGUUGUGCACUGAGGUGCCCCUGACUCUACUGCAGAGUUUAACUCCUCCUCUCGGCCAAGUUGCAGCGUUUGUCUCUCUCUGUCACACUCGCAGGAAGUUACACUCGUGCUAAAAGCUGCCGGCUCAUUUGAUUCUUUCCUGUAUGUGCACCUUACACAAGAAUAGGGAUUUAUUUUAAAGUAACAUUCUUCAAAAACGAAACGCAAACAUUGGUGAACUCAUUCAUUAUGUCAUUACGUGAGAUUUGAGUUCUUGCUGAGAUGGGACAUUCACACUGAUUUAAAAUGUAGCUGUUUCGCUCUGUGGUUGGUAGAAAACGAUGUGCGUCGUAUUAGCAGGUAAACAUUAGAGACACAUUAUAAAAUCAACAGGGUUCCUUUUGAAGAGGGAACAAAGAUUUUACCGUUUGUAGCUGCUGACAGGAAACCUCGUUACACAGGGGACUCUGCGGUUUUAUCCCUCGGAGCAGUCCCCUCAUCUCAACAAUGAUUGAAUCUAUUGUGAAUUGAAUUUAGCAGACACAUUGUAUGCUAUGCAUACUUCAUUCAAAUAUAGGGAGACUGUGUCUUGGCAUAAAGAAGGAAAGAGUGAAUUCAUGAGUGUUUGGCAUUUGUUUCAGGGUAGAACAAGGCGAGCCACCGUGUAGAUGCUAAUUGCAUUUUUUUGAUGGGAUGCAGCUUCCCUCUGCUUUCCACAUCUUUGUCUCUCCGAGCAUGAGAGGAAAAGGUGUGUUAUAAUGAGUCACAGCAGCACCAAGCCAUUCUCUGUGGCUCCCUGUGCGCUGACAGCCUCCAUUCAGAACAGAUAGGUUUUCUCUUUUGUUUGUGCACCUCUCUCAUUAGGAGGCUGCCCUUACAGAAGUUCAGAAGCAAUCAUUCAGCCGGGCCAUGAAUGUGAUGCCUUUUAAGUAGUUUGUAGUUUGUUUAUGAGGGGAAACGCCUGAAUUUUCCACUUUAUACUGUAUAUGAACGGAUAAUUAAAUAAAUUACAUACAUCGUUCGAAUAGGAAUAUCAAUUUAGCUCUCAAAAUGUUGGGAUGCACACAUUUCUUGGAGCAAUAUUGGUGGAAUAUUUACAGUUGCCGUGUUCACCGCAGCAUCUCCUGUGUGGGUGAGAAAAGGAAGUCACACUCGGAGUGGUGUGUGAAUCAUUCCACGCUCUCACACAUAACAGUACCAGGUGGAGAAUUAUAAAGCAGCAAAAAUACCACAAGUCAACACACUUUUAAAACACACACACACCACACACACACCACACACACACACACACACACACACACACACACACACACACACACGCAGACUGGCUGCAGUUGCUAAACAAGCUGCCCAAUGUUAAGGGAUCCAGGCUCUGUAUGUUUUGCCCUCUGGAUUUUAUGUGUGUGUCGUUCCCUGCUCGUCCAUAGUGCAAUCACGACUGAGAAGUCCGUCAGUAAGAGAAUCUGGAAUUGCUAAAAGAAAAACUGAACUUACACUCAGAUAUUUUGGCUGUUGAAUAGCAAACAUCAAAGUGCCAGACCAUGAAGGAAUCAUGUGUUCGCCCUGCAGUAACCCAGCGCCAGUCCAGUCCAAUCUGCCGUGGCUAAUGGGUGGUCUUCUGUGGGUUGUCAGUAAAAUUACAAGUUACAGUUUUGUACAGAGAAAAACAAAGUGCUGCUGCUCGUGAGGAUCCUAAUGUAGAGGAGAAGAGUGGUUUGUUCCCUCCAAAGCAAAUCUGCCUUCCUAUAUAUAUCUAUAUAUACAGUAUAUAUACAUGUAUUAAGACUCACUUGUCUGUGUUCAGUAUUGAUAAGCUGUGUACUGCUAUGUUCUACCAGUGUACUGACUGUAUUCUUGUGUAAUCCAAUGUUGUUGAUCAUUUUGCAUUUUGUCUGCCACUGUGCUACUGUUAGUUGUUUCAGAUUUCAAGUCUUGACCUAAAUGUUUAUUUUUUAAGCAGGGGUGGGGGGUUAGUUUUUUAUUGAAAGAUAAUGAUUUUACACUGGACUCUGCUGAAGACUAUGGUUGAACUGAAAAAAAAAAAAACUGCAUAGAUAAGGAAGCCGGCUGUGAAAUCCUGAUCCAAAGCCAUAAGGAGUUGGAAGAGAACGCAUGGGGCUUUAUAGAAAGGUGACGUAGGGAGUUAUAGGUGGGGAAGUGAGUUCUCCAUCAGAUACUUCAUGACGAUUAAAGCAACUACUUUCUAUCUGCGAGAAAAGUCAAAGAAUUGAAAAUCAAGUAACAAGUCAGGGAUUUUAAUUAACAUUUAAAAUGACAGAUCAGAGGGUAAAUAAAUCUCAGGAAUAUCCCAGUUUAAAGUUCUAAUGUAAUAUGAUGUGAAAACAUCCUUUCAAAGGUUUUCACAUUUGCAGCAACACUAAGACAAAAUGUUUUAUUUUUAGAGCAGAUCACAUGCCCUUUGCUAUUUGUAGCAACGGCACUUAAACCGUUCCUUGAAAUCAUCAGUCCUGAAGAAGGGAGCGGCCUCUCCCUGCCCGACACACUUCUAUCUCCAUUCAUCGCACUAUUUAGUAGCAAUUACUGUAACAUCCUUGAGAUGGUGGAGCUAAAAGCUCUCUGCUUCUACAAUGUGAUACUUUGAGUGUCUGCGGGACAAGAAUGGAGCUUUUAACAGCCUUAUCAGCCUUUAGAGUUUAUUGACCACUGCUUCAAACACGAGUUGGUCACUGCCAUAAAAUCUUGAUAGGUCUUUGCAGCUAAUGGAAUGGCUUUGCAUGGUAAGGGCGUCUCUGACUGCAGGAUAGGCGCAACCUAGUAGGAAUUUAAGAAUGCUGAUAUGUCAUUUGACUCUAAUAAAAGAUCAAAAGUGAAA